UAUUCAACAUGAGCUAGGCAAACGACAACCGACAGUGUAUAGAUUCGAGAGGCCCGCCCCGGUUGAGAACCGAACCGAUAGUUCACCAGUAAUUAUACUGCAGUCUUGUUCGGAAUUCGUUUAUUUUAUCAGUCAGUUCCCAGCAUUGAAACCGAUAUCUUUUCACAUUAUUGCGGCAGCUUUCUUCCAUUGAAGUGUUCUUUAUUUCACUACGUACGCGUUCAGAGCUAACGAGUGUUGUGAAUGAAACCGGCUUCAAUUGAUUCGAUUGAUUUCCGUUGAGUGUUCCGUUUCCACGUACCUAGUAUUUCCUCUGAUUCGUCUGUCUGGAAAACGUUGAAUCAAAAUUAUCUUAUUUAUCAAAAACGGCUUUUUGUUAGUGUUCCAUUUACACAAUAGUAUUUUCUUCGAUUCGUUUAUCUCAAGAUCGUUGAAACAAAAUUACCUUAUUGAUUAAAAACGGCUAUUGAUUAGUGUUCCAUUUACACACAUAAUAUUUUUCUUCGAUUCGUUUAUCUGAUAUCGUUGAAACAAAAUUAUCUUAUUUAUUAAAACGGCUGUUGAUUAGUGUUCCAUUUACACAUAGUAUAUUCUUAGAUUCGUUUAUCUCAAGAUCGUUGAAACAAAAUUACCUUAUUGAUUAAAAACGGCUAUUGAUUAGUGUUCCAUUUACACAUACUAUUUUCUUCGAUUCGUUUAUCUCAAGAUCAUUGAAACAAAAUUAUCUUAUUUAUUAAAAACGGCUAUUGAUCAGUGUACCAUUUACGCAUAGUAUUUUCUACGAUUCUUUUGUCUGAAAAUCGUAGAAACAAAAUUAUCUUUAUUAAAAACGGCUAUUGACUAGUGUUCCAUUUACGCAUAGUAUUUUCUACGAUUCGUUUAUCUGAAGAUCGUUGAAAUAAAAGUUAUUCGUAUUUGUGUAUAUCAGAAAUCGGCUAAAUUAAGUUGAUUCAUUCGAUUUGAGCUACAUUUUCGCUUUGAUUCGUUUUCCUGUAAAUCGAUCGUGUAUUUUGAUGGAGAUGUUGUCAGAUUCGUCGGAUUGUUUGCUGCCGAUUGGCUCGAAAAGGCGUUGUAUCGACAAUAGUUUGGUAGAACAACCCAAUCCGUCAAGGGAAUUGGCAUUACUUGAUAGCUAUAAAAUGGUUCGGACCCUGUUUGUGAGCGGUCUGCCCAUGGACGCCAAGCCCAGAGAGUUGUAUCUACUGUUUCGAGCUUACGAGGGAUAUGAGGGAUCACUGCUAAAAGUAACGAGUAAAAAUGGAAAAACAGCAUCACCGGUUGGGUUCGUGACCUUCAACACACGCGCAGGCGCAGAAGCCGCCAAACAAGAUCUCCAGCAGGGCGUCCGUUUCGAUCCCGACAUGCCGCAGACAAUCCGCCUGGAGUUUGCCAAGAGCAACACCAAGGUUAGCAAGCCCAAACAGCCUGCCGCUAGCAUCACCAACACGCACCCGACUCUAAUGCACCCUCUCACUGGACACUUGGGCGCGCCUUUCUUCCCGGGCGCACACGAGCUGUGGCCGCACCCGUUGACCUACGCGGAGUUGCCUGGUGCGGCGGCCGCCUUGCAGCACGCGCACGCCACCCUAGUGCACCCGGCCCUGCACCCGCAAGUGCCUCCGCCCCUGUCAAUCCCGCAUCCGACUGCGGCGCUGACCGCAAUGCAUGCGGCCGCCUACCUGCCGUCUCCCGCACUGGCCUCUCCCGUCGGCUCCAGUCCAACGUCUCAGCCGGGAAUCAACGUGACGGCUCCCGCGUGCUCCACGCUCUUUGUCGCAAAUCUCGGCCAGUUUGUCUCCGAACACGAACUCAAGGAGAUAUUUAGCAGCUUGCCCGGAUUCAGCCGGCUGCGAGUGCACGCCAAGUGUGGGCAAGGCCAAGGCCAAGGCUGGCCGGUGGCAUUCGUCGAGUUCAGGCAAGUGGCGGACGCCGUGAACGCCAAGCAAGCGCUGCAUGGGUCUCUACUGCUCAGCUCGGAUCGCGGGCCCAUCCGUAUCGAGUACGCCAAAAGCAAAAUGUCCGAGGGACCCAUCCGUGGUGAAGAAAACGGACAGUGUUAAUCUGGCGUACGGCCCAGGAGCAGGAGCCGCGUUGAGCAGCACCUGACACUGGACACAGCCCCCUCUACACCUGUCCCCCCUGUCGCCAGCCCCCCCUGCAGUCAUCGGUGCCCCCUGCGCCUGAUGUGAGCCCCCCCGGGCUAGCUACAUGCGAAAAACCAAAGGUGCCCUUCAUGUUUAACGCUACUUAGAUUAAAAGUAAUUAUCAUUAAAUAAAUAUUAUUACUAUUGUAUUGUAAAACUACUUUUAAACUAUUGUAACGCUGAAAAAGAUUCGUAUCUAAUAUUUUUUUCUCUAAGAUGAUAUUGUAACGGAAAUUGGUCAGUGAAUAUUUGAAAGCCUGUAUUUAUGGAUGGUUGGAAGGUGAAGAUGUUGGUGAAAUUUUAAUCAACUCUGGCUGCUUUUUGGAAAGUUCCACUUUCACAUGACACUGGACAAGCUUUAUUAAAAUUGCAUUGUAUUGAAAUUCUAUAUAACAUAGAUAAUAAGUUAAUACAUUCCACCAUUAUAAAUUACAGGAAUCAUUUUGUAUUGAAAUUAAAGGAGGCCUACUGGUACCUACUUUGGAUGUGGUCAGCAAGACAAGUAUUUAUUUAUUUAUUUAUUCAAUCAUUCAGAAUUACACAACUUACAGAAAAGUACCACAGGCUAAAACGCCCAAAACGGUUCCAAUUCUAAUUUAUACAACAGUCCAAACGUACUGUAUAGCUAGGUUCAAAAGUUCAAAAUUCUUCAAUUACACACUCAAUUUACGAGUAUAAAAAUCUUGACCUUAGCUACAAUUUUUAUUUUUAAUAGAGUUGCUUUUUAGGAUAAUAUCCUACAGCAGUAGCAAAUUAUCCUUGAUUUUAACUACUAAGCAAUAGAGAUUUAUCCGAGGGAGCAUUAGGUGAGAUAAAUUAUAAGCUAUCACUAGCAAAUUGGAGGAGGUCAAAAUAUGUUUGAAAAGAGGAAUGCUAAUCAAAAAUGAAUUGUUUGUUUCAUGAGAGCAAGAGCUCUUUCAAUUCAAACAAGAACUAGAACCAAUUUUGAAUAUUUUUCUCAAUUUGCAUCAUUUUUUAUUAUUAGCUGCUUAUUUGAUUGGAUAAGAGGCAUGCUCAAACCAUUAUCAGGGGAUAUAAAUCUCUACAUCAAAAAUAAAUUAAUAAAGAGUAAACUGUGUUGGAAACCAAGACUCUUGAAUUUCUGAAAUGCAUUCGUCAUAUAUAUUAAUCAAUAUUGAGUGGAGAGUAUUGAAAACCAAGACCAGUGAAUUCCUGAAAUUCAUUCGUCAUAUAUAGUUUUGAUUUUGGAAUAAAAUUUGACAAUUCAUAAAUUUGAGCCAAAGAUGAGUCAGUGGAUUCAUGUUAUUGUGGAACUUUCUGAAAAAACACAACGUUUUGUAACUUGUAGGAUCAGGUAAGGAGGUACUUAGAACAUACAAUACUUGAUCCAGAGAAGCAAUAUAGAUGAUUGAUGUUUAUCGAUGAAUCUUUUAAAAAUGCUGCUCUUUCUAAAAUGGCAGAAAUUGAGUGGUUCAAAAUAUAUUAGGUUUUAGUGAGAUUGAAGGAUCGCUCUAACUACAGAGUAUAGACAAUGAGAUGAAAAAUGAUUGUCACAUUGAAUUUUUUUAAACAAAUAGCAUUACUGUAUUUUUGUAAAGAGUCGAUUUGAAUGAUGUCGGUACUUUUUCAUUCAUUUGAGGAGCUGCUUAAUUCUUGUUUUUCUAAGAUGGUUCUUAGGGAUCAUUAUAACUUUUAUGGAUUAUAAUCAUUCUCCAUUAUAUUUUGAUAGAUUCUAUGCAAGAGCUUCAUGGUACUUAAUAUCCAAUACAGGACCAUUUUAAAUUUUAAUCUUAUAAAUACAAGAAAAUAGAACAACACUCUGACUGCGUCUUGAAUUACGACUUUGCUAUUAAAAUUGAAAAUUCAUCUUCAAUGUAUAUUUUAAACUGAGUGGUUCUUAUGCAGCUUAAAUGGAUGCGUGUGGAAGGUCUAUUGAGAUUUUAAUAAAGUGAUAUUCUUUUUCAUUUAUGAGGAAAUCAGCUCUUAUAUUCAAAGCUUGUUGAAAAUGAGAAAUUAAUGAAAGUUCAACAUAUUUUGUAUUACAAACAGGAAUUCAAGUACAAAUUCUAUAUUAUGAUGUAUGUGAAUUAUGCUGCUUCAACAGAAUCUAAAACUCUUGGCGACUGUUAGUCAUGUACUUUCAAUUUUUACUAGAAUAUUUAUCUUUUUAUAACACUGAUUCUCCAUUAAUUCAAAAGUGUGAUUUUUUAUAAUCAUCUUAUUAGUUGUGAAUUAGAACAAUUUCUUUCCUAUCAAUGAAUCCAUUCUCUCAAGCUCCGUCCAAACCAGAAUGGUUUCAGAGAUCGAGCAACAUAAAUUUUCAUCACUCUAGGCUCUAACUGAUCCACCUACUCUCAUACUUGACUGGUAAAUGAGUCCAAGAGUAAAUUACCUAAUCCUUUAUUCAAAUAUGAAUAUCUCAGUUUCUGAGAUCAACUCCAAACUCCACCAUUAAACAUGAUGUUUUUACUUAUACCCAAUUUGAUUACCAAUAGAUUUACAGGCAUUGUACAAAUUGAACCCUGUAGGUACUCAUUCAUUUGAAAUUAUGCUGAAAAUGUUUCGCAACUAUAGAUUGUUCAACUGAUUUACACUAAUUUGCACAUUGGAUUUAAAUUGAAACGAAGCUUAAGAAGCUCAUAUUAUUGGAACAGUUGAACUCAUGAUUAUUUAAACAGUUGCCACUUUCAACAUCUCAAAUCCCCUUUUAUUUCAAUUCAAAUAGUGUAAUCCCAAAUCCUAGAGUAAAAAAUCUCUAAACAACUAGAGCAAUAAUCAUAUAAGAGUAAUGGUUUCCUUGUUGUUGGUUAAUAUUCCAAUGUAUCCUAUAGUUUUGGAGAGAGAAUCCAAAUUAAUUGUUGUACAACAAAGAAUUGCCUAUUAAAAUGCGUCAGGAUAGGAUGAAGAUGCUAUCGCCAGUCUAUAAUAGGAUACUAAAGUCUAAGUUUAGAUACUACUUUUAGUAAUAGUUGAAACUAUCAGACAUAUCAUUAACAUAACUAAUACAUUUAUUAUCAAGUAAACAAAGUUUCAGGAUAGACGUGCUUAGAUUGUAAGUACGAUAUUUUGACAAAAAUAGUUGAGAAUAUAAUAAUAUAACGGGUGUAGUAGUGGACUAACUCCUGUAAAUAAAAAUAUUGGAUAUUCAUUUUAGUUUUGAGCGCAUAGAUUGACAUGCCGUUUCCCACCUGUUGAGUGUACUUAAUAAUGUUCCUCAAAUCUAAUUACUGUGUUUGGUUUUGAGUAUUCUAUUCUGAUCUAUGCAUUUUCAUCAAAUCAGUCGAAUCGAUAAAUUUUCAUUAUUUUAUUUUUCCCAGUGGAAUUUUAGUAGUUAUUAUUGCUGAAACACUGUCAUUUAAGAUAUGAUAUUAGUGAGUUGUUUUGGAAUUGAUAGGAGCGUGGAUUUUAUUGUUUUAUCCAUUAGCUGUGUUCUAAAAUUUUCCUGAGAUUUUUGCCUUUUUUCUGAAUAUUUGCAUCUGUUCUUGCACAUCUUACAUUGCUUGCAGGUUUAGAAAUAAUUUAUUUUCUCUUGACAAGAUUAACAAUUCGUUAGUAAAAAUUGAUAUCGAGCAUGAUAAGCUCAUUUCUAAGUAAUACAUCAAAUUAACAUAAAUCACAGAUGAAUUCAAUACUAUGAAUGAUUCAAUUUGAUCCAAUUCACCUGAAAAAUUAAUAAUAAUUACAUUACAAUUUUAAAACAGGUUGAAAAAACUACUCAAAUAAUUUUAUAAAUGACUUAUUUCAAAUCAAACUUGGUUUGAAUCAAAUCAAAACUUAACAUUGCAAAACUUAUCUCAUUAAAUUCAAGUUGCAUCCACCUCAUGAAUUCUUCAUCAUGUCGAUGCUAUUAUAGUUUUUACUUUUAUAAAGUGGGCCUAUGUUUGUUCCAAAUUAUUUUUAUAGUUUUGUAUGUUCCAAAAGAAUCUCAGAAAAAUACUUGUCCUGGUGUUAGCAUAAGUAAUUUCUCAUCUCGUUUGUAUUUGAUAGUUUUCGGUUGUAUCAUUUCGUUUGUGCGUUUUUGUAUUACACGUUUGAAUGCAGUGAAUGCAUUGUCCUGUGGUAGGAGAGACUGAUCGGCAAAUGCUAGCUUUUUAACAAUUCAAUAUUGACAAGCUUGGACAAUCCUUGCCAGAUGAGUGAUUAAGACCAAAGUUUUAAUGUAGUUAGUUUUUGUUAAUUACAGUUUUCUAGUGUUAAAAGCUUUUAAUGAAAUGUGUAUAUAAAUAUAUGUCUAGUUGAUAUGGAAUUUUGUUAACAAUUAUUCUAUUGGAUGAGAAGUUGUUCUCAUUUUAUUUUUCUCAAGACGUUUUCUGAAAACUCUAUGCAUUUAAGAGACGCUAUGUUUUUUUAAAUCAAUUGAAUGGCAUCUAUGUGAUAAGUGUUCUUCUCAUUUCAUUCCUUUAGUCGUUGUGAUUCGAAUUGUAACGACUGUUUGUUGAAAGUCGAAAAAGCAUUCCAGAGUUUGCAAGACCUGACUAUUUACAGAGCUCAGCGUCUCUAGAUAUCUAAAUGCCUUUUACUAUACUAUUUCUAUUACUAUAGUCUAUCUAUUGGAGAUUCAGUUGCGCGUAAGACUAAAGAGUCACCACUAGGAUGUGAUGGAUGUGAGUGAAACAUGAAAACCAAAGAUUUUGUUGAGAGCAAUUGCGAAUAGAACGCGCAAAUGUUAACCAUACGUUCACUUCACAAACGUCUUAGUCUGAAUCAAUUUUGUCUUUACUUUCUAAGCCUUAGUUAACUUGUUUGUAACCUAUUUAAACUAAGGUUUAUGAUGUUAACCAGUAAUAUGAAUAUAUUAUAUAUUAUUAUCAUAAUAGUUUAGACAAAUUGUAGCAUCAUAUGCUUUUGUGUGUAACGUAUGUCAGGUUUAUGUGAUGUAAAAAUUUAAUAUUAGUUAAUUUGAUAAGUGAAACAAGAAAUGUGUAAAUAUAAAAUCAGGUUAACGUCAAAGUCAAGACAACGGGAACUGUCUACUGUUUGAGAAUAUUUGGAAAUAAUAACGCUGUUGGAUCUUUACAAUGUAGCAACAUUGAAACAAUGCUGCUUGAUUUCUAGAAGGAAAGAGUACAGUACAGUACGGUAACUUGAUUUUGACGAUUCCUGUUGGCUACUUGUACACAGAGAUUUGAUUGUGUGACCGCAUGGAAUAUGGCUUUCUUAUCAUUAUUUAUUUUCUUCUUUAUUUCAAAUUAAAUUCUCGUUAUAUAUUUUCAUCGGAAAUAUUUAUAUUUUCUAUGCACAACCCUAUUGUGCAGAGCUAAAAUUUUAAUGAUUUUAUAUCCACAGUUUCUAGAAAACUGAUUCAGUGCGGUUCUUGCUUGACCGUGGGUUAUUUUGUUUUUAAAAGAAUUUAAUUUCCCGGUCAACAGGGAAAUCAAAUAAGAAUUUUGCAAAAGUAAGACAAUCAUUAUCUUUUGAUAGUUCGAUUGAUUAUAUUUUAUAGUUUUUUAUAAUGUACAAGUGAAUAAAUAAUGUAUACCAUGCAGUUACGUUUACACAAAAGUAGCAGAUCAUAUACUCUGUGGAAUUUAUCCGUCCAUUUAACUUGUCUUUGUGAACUGUGUGGAGAUAUUUACGGGAGAAAUAAUGUCGAUAUAAUAGCAAAUUUAAUGAAAUCGGCUCAAUCAGCUUCAGGGGGCGACCCUCUCUCUCAUUUUUGGCUUCUUUCUGGCUUGCUUUCUACAGGGAGUCAGAGUGAGAUAGAGAUGGGAGAAAGAGCAAGGAGGGAGGGUUUGCACUUACUUGAUAACAUACAUAUCAUUUUCUAGAAAUACAACUAUUGAAUGUUAUUAUCUAUAGAUAUAAUAUUAUGAAUUGGAAUUUCAUUCAUAAUAAAUAACUGUCUAGCAACAUAAUGUAAUGAUGUUUUGAAAUUUAGAGAGAUGCGAUUUUUUAAAAGAAAAAGCAUUUGUUCAAUGUAAAAGAGAUGACACUUGCACAAUUGCUCUUGAAACUUCAAUUAUUAGGAAACGUAAUGUAAACUCUGCGCAAUGUUAUUCUGCGCAUAAAUUCUCAACGUUCUCCAUUAUUAUGUGUUUUGGCAUGUAUAGGAACGAGUAUAUUACUAAAAUUUCAAGUGAAACAGCAAUAUUCAGUGUCUUUCUCAAAUAAUUACGAGAGAAUUGUGCAAGUGACUUCAAUAUAGUUUAUAUGAUUAUUAAAAUUAUAUACAUAUAUGAUAAUUUACAUAUAUUAUAACUUGAUGUAUCUAUUUCAAUAUGAAAACUUAUACUGAAGUGGGAGGCUCGUACUGGUCAACAGCAUAUGGAAUUUCUGAUAGUCGAGAAAUAUAUUAUUCUCAUAUUUGUCGAGAUUUAAGAAAAUAAUCAUUAUUUAGAAUCUAGAUUUGAUGCAUCACAAUAACUCAUUACCUCAAAUCUGCAAAGAUAUUCUACUUGAAGUGAGAAAUAACUAAUUAUGGAUUGGUGUGGUAGUGAUUUGAUAUAUAUUAUUUCACAGUCUUGUUUCAUCGUUUCAUGUGAAUUCUUCUAAACUCUCUAUUACAUCAUUUCAAUUAAUUUGAAUCUUUUUAAUGUGAGCCGAUAUUUUUAUAGUCUUUUUUAAUUAUUGGAUGAAGCAUUUUCAGUUUUUAUUUUGAGUUGGAAUAUUUUCAUACUUUGAAUAUAUUUUCCUAUUCGAAAUUGACUAUUCAGUGAGAUCAAUUAGAUUAGGAAUAAUAGAUAAAGGUUGAAUCUUUAAACUUAGUACAAACUUUAUUAGAUAUAAUAGCAAAUAGCCAAAGCGAUCUAUCUUUCAUAAACUUGCCUAUGAUUGUUAACCAAAGAUUUCGACGACAAGCAAAUACCAAAGUUUAUUUAUUGAUUUUUGGAAAAUUAUAAAAUAAUUUCAAAUCAAAUCUUUAUUUGUCCCAAAAAAUAUAAUUACAAUGACAAAAAUGGUUAUAAAAGAAAAAUUUUUAUACAAUAUAAAAUGAAAAAAGAAAAAAAUAUUAAAUAGAAGAAGUGAGAGAGCUAUUUCUGCCAUCACAUGUAACUAUUUAUUCACUAAUUAUUCUUAGUUGCAAUAUCUAUUUGAAACCAUCUAUAGUAAAAUUCCCGUUAUAAAGUCACGUAAAUGAUGGGAAGGCAUUGUUGUUGAAGUUAUCAGGAGCACUUAAUCCUUCAGACUAGUGUCAACACAGACUGGUUCACUGAAAGGAGUGAUAGAGCUAUUUCUGCCAUUACAUAGGUACAACUGUAAUGAUUAUACAUUUCAACUUUACGUUGAUUAUACAUAAUCAAAUUAAAAACGGGAAGUCUAAUAUUUCAUUCAAUAUGAAUGAUUAUUGGAUAAGCAAACGUCCAAAAUAAGUAAUGUUACACUUCAAUUGCUUUGCCUGAUUCAUCAGCAUGAAUUAUUAAAGCAAUCAUCACCUACCUAUUAAAGCAAUAUAGUACCGGCAUUUGAUUAUAGCUAUAGACCGCCAAAGAAUUCAAAAAUAACUAGAUUCCAAAGGAUUUUUGAAUUCGGCCUUUCUAUAAUGCAUAGCUUGUACCUAGAUACCUGCAUUAUUAAAAAAAUACAUAGCUUGCUAUUAAAAUGAUGACCUUAAAGAGGAUUAAUCCUUAGACUUUCAUAAAACAUCAAGUCUUUCUUCAAAAGUUAAUUAAUCUAGAAUAACCGUGCAUUAGUCGACAUUAUUCAGCCAACUAUAGUGAGGUCCACGUUAUAAUGGCAGUGUUUGAUUAGCAAUGGUAUUGCUCUCCUUGUCUAUCAUUCAACAAAGCGGAUAGCGCUAUCUCUUUCUCGCUAUGCUCUGUUGCCAGAUCGUCUUUUAACAAUGUGGAAUUGAUAAUUAAUUAACAAAAUAUUUCAUCUUGAUUAUGAAAUUAUUGAGAAAUAUAAUUUCUUGCUUAAUAAAAUUUAAUUGAUAUUAUAUUAAAACAUUGAUAUUAAAACAGUUGAUAUUACAUCAAUAAACCUGUAUCAGCUACCGUCUAUAGAAGGCAUUGACAAGACGGAGGAUCGGCAACGUCGAUCUCCUAUCUUCCUCCACUGCCGUUAUAACGUGGACCCCACUAUGAGUUAUAAGGACUCUGGUUCUUCUAUUUGUCAGUAUCAUGUUCUAUCAGUUGACUGUUGUUGGAUUAUUGGAUAAUAAACAACUAAAUACAAUAAAAGGCUAGCAAAGAGCUCACCAUGUAAGUUUAUUAUAUCACUCAUGAAAAAUAUAAAUUUGAUCAUCCCUGUCAAUAUUAUCGAUAGUCGAUACUGUGUGGCUGUCGAUACUACAUUGACCUCAGUGAUAUUGGAACAUUCCAUACUCUAUAAUUUCCAUUUUCUAUAGCAGGAUAGAUAGUUGUAUUCUAGUUUACAUGAGAGAUUGGUAUUGAAUUGUGCAUUUUGAAUGGUCAGAUAGCUGAAGUAAAUGGAUAGUUUUGUGAAUGGUUAUUAUUGGAGGAAAUAAAUUUAUUUAUUCAUUCAAGUUGGGAGUUGUGUGAGAGAAAGAGAGAGUGAGUGUGCCAGUGCGAGUCUCUCUCUAUCAAUGAGCGUUGAAAGACGUAUAGAGAUGUAAAAGAGGUGUGAGGAGUCUAUAGUCUAUGGCCUCCAUGCUGCCAGUACCAAUAUUGUGAUUGUGAAUGGACUAAUCUCUAGCCUUUCGAGCCUUUCUCUUAUUAUAUUAUUGUAAUUACAUAAUGUAUCUUGUAAGUCUAGCUGAAGGCCAUAGGCAUAAGAAACACCACUUAUCGAAACAUAUCAUGUUCUGUGCCCCCAAAUCAAGUGUAUGUUCUUAAAUCAAUGAAAUCUAAUAUUAUAAAGUAUAUGUGAAAGAAAAAUAAUUUGAAUACUUAUAAUUAAUAUAAUUAUCGAUAUUGAUUAAUAUGUAAGGAAGCGUUUGAUAACAGUGUUAUUGAAUAAAAACCAGAGAUGUAGUUUUCCAGGACCCUAGGAAUGUUUUAUGUGUGAUUGUUACAUUUAAAUCUGAGAGCUAGUUCUGAAUGAACAGGUUUCUCGACAAGAAGAGAAACUACUACUUAUUUCAUUCAUCUUCAGUCAUAAUUUGUUGUGUUUGCUUGGCUAAUUAUAAGAGUAAGAUGAAAUUUUAAGGAAAGAAUGUCUAUUGUUCAGAGCAAUAGGAGAGUGGAAGAGAUGGCGUUUAGUCGCUUGAAAUGCUGCAAGCAAAUGUUGCAAGCAAAUACUGCAAGCAAAUGUUGCAAGCAUAUAUUUUGCAAGAGAGUUCCAACUCUAUCGCUGCUGUUUGCAACUCAUCUUGCAAUACUCAAUCCAAAUAUUAUACUGUAUGAAUUAUUAAUCUGUACAUGUGUUUCAAUAAACAAUUGAAAAUGU